AUGCAGGAAAUCCUGGAGCUGGCCGACGACGACGCCGCGCACAUGUGGCGAACCCUGUCGCUGGGGUACACGGAGACCCAGGGCCUGCCGGAGCUGCGCGAGCAGAUCGCGGCAGGCUACGCGGGCGCCGUCGCCAGGGAAGACGUCGUCGUUUCCGCGCCCCAGGAGGCCAUCCUGCUCGCCAUGCACGCCGUCCUGCGCCCCGGCGACACCGUCGUGGCCACGUCGCCGGGGUACCAGAGCCUCACGGAGGUCGCGGAGAACAUCGGGUGCUGUGUGCGUCUCUGGCGCCCCACGGGAUGGGGGCAGGGGGAGCUGCGCUUCGACGCGAGCGACCUGGCCGACCUCGUCGACGAGCACACGAAGAUGGUCGUCGUCAACUUCCCUCACAACCCGACGGGCCUCACCCUAGAGGCUGACGCGUGGGACGAAGUGGUGAGCGUGUGUCGCGGGGCGAACGCGUACUUGUUCUCGGACGAGAUGUACCGCCUCCUGGAGUUCGACGAGAGCGACAGACUACCCGGGGCCGUCGAGGUGUACGACAAGGGCAUGUCAUUGUCGGGACUGUCCAAGACGAUCGGGCUGCCGGGCGUGCGCAUCGGCUGGAUCGCCUGCAGGGACGGCGAUGUCAUCCGGCGCAUGCUCGAGCUCAAAGACUUCACGACGAUCUGCUCGAGCGCCCCCAGCGAGGUGCUGGCGCUGAUGGCGCUGCGAGCUCAGGACACGCUUCUGGGGCGGAGGAGAGACCUGGUCCGAGCAAACAAGCAGCGUGCCGAGGAGUUCUUCGCUGGGCUCCCGGAGAGCUUCGCGCUGCAGCCGCCCCAGGCCGGCCCUGUCGCAUUCCCACGGCUGACCACGGGCCAGGACGUGGGGGCGUUCUGCGAGGAGGUGGUGGGCGCGUGCGGGGUCCUGCUGCUGCCCGCGACGGUGUACGGCGACCCCGACGCCACGCGGCAGGGGCACUUCCGCAUCGGUCUCGGGCGCAGCAACUUUGGGACCGGUCUCGAGGUCCUGCAGGACUUCCUCGCGGCGAGGCGAGACGCGCCAAGCAUUUAA